AUGCUCCCCAUCUCGGCUGCAGCAGCGAGUCCUAACCCACACCUAGACUCAGAAGUGUCACCGUCGACCUCCACCAAUCCACCAACAUCAGGGGUGCCGCAGCGGCUGCUAGUUGAAGCCCCACCAUCCACUUUGAAGAUAACAACGAAGGAUUGGCCGCUCUCCCUCCCUUCGUCAAUCUCAACUUCUCGCUGCUCUUCCGCCCCUUCUCGAUGCUUCUCGGCGCCACUUAGUAAAUGCAGCUUGCCGCUUGGUCAUUCCUUCCGCUGCCAAGUGCUAAUCUUCUUGUGCGGUUUUGUUCACAUUCCUUCGUCUUCCUUCGGCUCUACAGGUAGUCCAAUCCUCUUUUCAUAUCCCCUUUAUUUCUCGUGUUGCUCUCUCCUUUACUGUUGCGGUUCUUUCUUUUGCCACUAG